UUGUGGGACGGAAUUUAUAUCUUCAAUUCCAUUCAGUUAAUACCUUGGCUUAUAUUUCAAUGUUUUUCGCCAGUUAUUUCUGUCAAUAUCCUAUGUAGUCGCGGAAUCUCAACUACUUCGCACCCAUAUGAUCUUAUAAUAUUUCGCAGCUGCCCGAAUCUUUGAAAGACAAUAUGGCGCAACCUCCUUUCGUAAGGCAAUCUGUUCUAUUUACAAGACUUUUGAGAAUGAAUCCACCGUUUUUUUCUUCAUGGACUGACCGUUAUUUAUAGCAACAGCAGCCAUAUUAUGGUGGACAGCCUGUAUAUCAAGAUCAGGGAAAUCCUAUGAUGCAUCCCACGGAUCCAAACGAUCUCAGCAUGGAGAAUCUACAGAUAUCGAAUCAACAGCCAGCCCCAAGGAAAAAGAAGAAGGAUAGGCACGCAUAUCAUGUUGUAGAAGCUCAAGGCUCUUCACAAGCAUUUAAUGGAAUACCGCAGGGCGGCGUUCCUCCUUCAGCUUAUCUCAAUGCCGACCCUUCUUUAAUACCAUCUCCAGGUGGUCAGUUCCUAAAUUCGCCAAUAACACCUCAAAUGUCACAGUUCCCUGCCCCUGUGAAUGCGCCAUUUAACCCCGCGAACCCCGCCACACCUGCCGAAUUCGCUGCGAGAACUGGACCUGGGGAUGCCUUCUCUGCUAAUGUGCAGACUUCAGCGCAAGGCCGAGUAGACCCAGAUCAAAUUCCCAGUGUACCUCGAUCGAGAGAUGCGAUAGCGCAAUAUUACCUCAAGAACGUAUACCCAACCUUCGAGCACCACCUUCCGCCUCCAGCUACAGUGCCAUUCGUUGCAUACGAUCAAGGAAAUGCUUCACCAAAGUUUGCACGUUUAACGAUGAACAAUAUCCCAUCCACGGCUGAUGCAUUACAUUCGACUGGUUUGCCCCUCGGUCUUCUUUUGCAACCUUUAGCCCCGUUGCAGCCGGGUGAACCCGAAAUACCAGUUUUGGACUUUGGAGAAACGGGUCCUCCUAGAUGUCACAGAUGCCGUGCCUACAUAAACCCUUUUAUGGUAUUCAGGUCCGGAGGUAAUAAGUUUGUAUGCAAUAUGUGCAACUAUGCGAACGAUGUGCCUGCUGAAUACUUUUGCGCAACUACACCACAGGGGGCCAGAGUUGAUAGGGAGCAAAGGCCUGAGUUGAUGCGAGGUACUGUCGAAUUUCUGGUUCCAAAAGAAUACUGGUCGCAAGAACCUGUGGGCUUGAGAUGGAUUUUCUUGAUUGAUGUUGGUCAAGAAGCGCUAAACAAAGGGUUCUUGGAGGCGUUUUGUGAAGGUAUUCUAGCAGCUUUGUACGGAGGCGAUGAUUUGACCGAAGAGGAUGGAUCUUCGAAACGCAAAAUUCCCGAAGGAUCUAAAGUCGGAUUUGUGACUUUUGACAAGGACAUUCACUUUUAUAACAUGAAUCCUGCACUGGAACAAGCUCAAAUGUUAAUUAUGCCGGAUAUUGAGGAUCCGUUUGUCCCCCUUAGUGAUGGUUUUUUCGUGGAUCCUUAUGAAGCGAAGUCCAACAUUACUUCUUUGUUACGUCAACUCCCACAGUUAUUUUCUCAGAUCAAAAAUCCUGAGCCAGCAUUACUUCCUACUAUCAAUGCAGCUAUGGCAGCUCUUGAAAAGACGGGAGGAAAGAUUGUGUGCUCUUUGUCAGCUCUUCCAACCUGGGGCCCAGGCAGAUUAUUCCUCCGUGAUGAUGGAAAACAGCAUGGCGGAGAGCAAGACAAAAAGCUAUUCACUACCGAGCAUCCCGGUUGGAGGAAAGCAGCAGACAAAAUGGUUGCGACCGGAGUUGGUAUUGACUUAUUCCUUGCUGCUCCAGGCGGUGGAUAUCUCGACAUUGCAACAAUAGGUAAAACAAAUGCAAUCUUAUAUGCCAAUUACUAGAAGUGACUAACUGUUUCGAUAGGUCACGUCGCUGCUGCUACUGGUGGAGAAACAUUUUACUACCCUAACUUCGUCUCUCCACGAGAUAACGAGAAAUUAUCACAUGAAGUUGUGCGCUCUGUUACACGAGAGACUGGAUAUCAAGCGCUGAUGAAGGUCCGAUGUUCAAAUGGCUUGCAAAUAUCUUCAUACCAUGGCAAUUUUAUACAACAUACUUUUGGAGCUGAUAUUGAGUUUGGUGUCAUCGAUUCGGAUAAGGCCAUGGGGGUCUUAUUCAGUUAUGACGGAAAACUGGAUUCCAAGUUGGAUGCUCACUUCCAAAGUGCCUUGCUUUACACUACAGCCAGUGGUGAGCGAAGAGUAAGAUGCUCGAACGUUAUUGCUAGUGUAAGCGAUCAACCUAAGGAGUGCAUGAACUUUGUGGAUCAGGAUGCCAUCUACUCGUUGAUUGCAAAAGAGGCUGCAUCAAAAAUGCUGGCACAUUCAUUGAAAGAAAUUCGAGGCGCCUUGUCAGAAAAGAAUGUUGACAUCUUGGCCGGAUAUCGUAAGAAUUUCUCUGGAUCUCAUCCUCCAGGACAAUUAGUUCUACCAGAGCACCUCAAAGAAUUCAGUAUGUACAUUCUUGGUCUUAUCAAGUCUCGAGCUUUCAAAGGAGGACAAGAACCUUCCGAUCGCCGAGUUCAUGACGCGCGUAUGAUCAAAAGCAUGGGCGCUCUAGAGCUUUCUCUGUACCUUUAUCCUCGCAUGAUCCCAAUUCAUAAUCUUGCCCCUGAAGAUGGGUUUGCAAAUGAAGAUGGCCAUCUGAGGAUGCCACCCUCUGUACGAGCUUCUUUUGCUAGAGUCGAAGAAGGUGGGGUAUAUCUUGUGGACAAUGGACAGAAUUGCUACCUCUGGAUGCACGGUCAAACUUCACCUAACCUCAUCACUGAUCUAUUUGGCGAAGACAAAGAUAAUCUCAAGGCACUGGAUCCAUAUCUUUCAUCUUUACCUGUGCUUCAAACCCAUCUCAGCGCUCAAGUACGAAACAUACUAGAAUAUUUGAAGACGAUGCGUGGAGCCAAGGCUUUGACGAUUCAGCUUGCGAGACAAGGUCUCGAUGGUGCAGAAUACGAAUUUGCCAGACUAUUGGUGGAAGAUAGAAAUAAUGAGGCGCAGAGCUAUGUAGAUUGGUUGGUUCACCUGCACCGUCAUGUGCAGUUAGAAGUAAGUUAUCUCUUCUUGAUUGAGGUUGGAUAUGGUUGAUGCUAACAUUGCCUGUGGAAAUAGUUAACAGGUCAAAGAAAAAAGGAUGAUAGCGGGGAUAAUUCGUCAAUAACAUCGAAUUUCGCAGGUCUGAGACCUCCCUACUGGUAAAUCCACGAUGAGAUGAUGAAGAAAAGUGUACGCCGUAGUCAAAACCUGAAAAGAAAAGCUAGGGAUAUCUAGAGUCGAAUUUUGGAGCGGGGGAAUGGGAAAGGAACUGUGGUACGACAGUACAUGUGAUUAGCGUGCACACAUAUUCAGCAUUUAUCAUACAAAUUCACUCUGACGCGGAGCCUUUCUUCAAACCCGAUCUCGACCUCUUCUUGCCGUACUCGGCCAUAGCUUGUAUGGAUAUACCUCCUUUCAUCAUAAUUCAAGCCAAAAUUCAUCGCCAUACCAUGAUUCCCCCUGGUCUCUAGAUAAUCAAAAGCUUUGCCAAACUCAUGAAUCAUAAUGCAAGCACUUUUGAGGUUCCCGCCUCAACCCAUCUUCCCCCAUAACUAGAAGCCAACCCUCCGCGUAAUAUCCACUGGAUAUGCCAUAUCGUUGACCUUGUUGAUGGCGGCCUAUUUAAUCUUUAUAUCCCAACUUUCAAGUAUGGAGGGAGGUACAUGGAUUAUCUAAAGAAAAGUUAUUUAUUUCAUUUCUCUUUUCGAUUUAUUAGGUUCUAUAUAGUUAUUUUUUCCGCUCGUAUAUCUAUUUGUUUCUAAGAGAGGGGCAGAGAGUGCUAUAUUCGUUGCAAGUGUGGUAAUGAUGUAGUGGAGAAUAUGGGUUUUUGGCAUGUAUGGAGAUGGAAAGCAAGUUACUUAGGUGAGCGAGGCGUUUGUUACUGUGGGAGCUGUUCGGAAUGAAAAGAAAAGCGGAUGAAGAAGAAUAAGAAGAAGAGAAAGAGGGAAUACUAUCAUGGCUGCCAAUA